AUGACAAAAGAAUCAUGCUAUUCUUACAUAAAUGAGCAUAAUGAAAAGAAUCAAAAUUUAAUUAAUUUACCAUUAAAUAAUAGCAAUAUGCAAUCGCCUAAAAAAGGUCAUAUAAGAGGAAAAAAUUAUAAAUUUUCUCUUUUAUUAAAAAUAAUUACAUCGUCCAUUUUAAUAGCGCUACCAUACCACAUUUCCUAUAGUGAUAAUAACUCUAAUAAUAAUUGGAAUAAUAAUAAUAAUACACAAGAUCCAAAUAAGUUAAAUAAAUUAUUUAAAAGAAUUUUAAGUGAAUUAGAUGAAAUAAAUGGAUCUACAUUAGAAAUAAGAGAUGCAUCUUUAGAUAAUACAGACAAUACUGAUGAAAAUGAAGUAAGUAAUUUAGAACAAACUGUUAGUGAUAAUUUAGGGUUUGAUAGUGAUAUAUUAAAUAAUAUACUUGAUGAUCAACCAUUAAGUGAAAAUAUAAAUAAUAAUGAAGAACAAGAAGAAGAUAAAAAAAAAGAAUUAGAAGAAAAUACAGAAUCUACUACAGAUUCUAUAGAUAGUAAUUUAAGUGAUACACAAUAUGAACAAUCAGAUAAUGGUGCAUUAAAUAACAAUUUAGAAACUGAAAAUGAUAAUAAAGAAGAAAAAGAAAUUGAUGAAGUAAGCACUAAUGCAUCUGAUAGCGUAGAAACGUCAGACGAAAUAUCUGAACAAGAUAGCGAUAGCAUUGUAAUAGAACCUGUUGAGGAAGUAAAAGAAGAAGAACAGGUUGAAGAAGUAAAAGAAGAAGAACAGGUUGAAGAAGUAAAAGAAGAAGAACAGGUUGAAGAAGUAAAAGAAGAAGAACAGGUUGAAGAAGUAAAAGAAGAAGAACAUGUUGAGGAAGUAAAAGAAGAACAUGUUGAAGAAGUAAAAGAAGAACAUGUUGAAGAAGUAAAAGAAGAACAUGUUGAAGAAGUAAAAGAAGAACAUGUUGAGGAAGUAAAAGAAGAACAUGUUGAGGAAGUAAAAGAAGAAGAACCUGUUGAAGAAGUAAAAGAAGAAGAACCUGUUGAGGAAGUAAAAGAAGAAGAACAUGUAGAGGAAGUAAAAGAAGAAGAACAAGUUGAAGAAGUAAAAGAAGAAGAACAGGUUGAGGAAGUAAAAGAAGAACAUGUAGAGGAAGUAAAAGAAGAACAUGUAGAGGAAGUAAAAGAAGAAGAACCUGUUGAAGAAGUAAAAGAAGAAGAACAUGUAGAGGAAGUAAAAGAAGAAGAACAUGUAGAGGAAGUAAAAGAAGAAGAACAAGUUGAAGAAGUAAAAGAAGAAGAACAGGUUGAGGAAGUAAAAGAAGAACCUGUUGAGGAAGUAAAAGAAGAAGAACCUGUUGAAGAAGUAAAAGAAGAACAGGUUGAAGAAGUAAAAGAAGAAGAACCUGUUGAAGAAGUAAAAGAAGAAGAACCUGUUGAGGAAGUAAAAGAAGAAGAACAUGUAGAGGAAGUAAAAGAAGAAGAACAAGUUGAAGAAGUAAAAGAAGAAGAACAUGUUGAAGAAGUAAAAGAAGAACAUGUAGAGGAAGUAAAAGAAGAAGAACAAGUUGAAGAAGUAAAAGAAGAAGAACAUGUUGAGGAAGUAAAAGAAGAAGAACAUGUUGAGGAAGUAAAAGAAGAACAUGUUGAAGAAGUAAAAGAAGAAGAACCUGUUGAAGAAGUAAAAGAAGAAGAACCUGUUGAAGAAGUAAAAGAAGAAGAACCUGUUGAAGAAGUAAAAGAAGAAGAACCUGUUGAGGAAGUAAAAGAAGAAGAACAGGUUGAGGAAGUAAAAGAAGAAGAACCUGUUGAGGAAGUAAAAGAAGAAGAACCUGUUGAGGAAGUAAAAGAAGAAGAACAGGUUGAGGAAGUAGAACAUGUUGAAGAAGUAAAAGAAGAAGAACAUGUUGAGGAAGUAGAACAUGUUGAAGAAGAAGAACAGGUUGAGGAAGUAAAAGAAAUAGAACAGGUUGAAGAAGAACAUAUUGAGGAAGUAAAAGAAGAAGAACCUGUUGAGGAAGUAAAAGAAGAAGAACCUGUUGAGGAAGUAAAAGAAGAAGAACAGGUUGAGGAAGUAAAAGAAGAAGAACAGGUUGAGGAAGUAAAAGAAGAAGAACCUGUUGAGGAAGUAAAAGAAGAAGAACAGGUUGAGGAAGUAAAAGAAGAAGAACAGGUUGAGGAAGUAAAAGAAGAAGAACAGGUUGAGGAAGUAAAAGAAGAAGAACCUGUUGAGGAAGUAAAAGAAGAAGAACAGGUUGAGGAAGUAAAAGAAGAAGAACCUGUUGAGGAAGUAAAAGAAGAAGAACAGGUUGAGGAAGUAAAAGAAGAAGAACAUGUUGAAGAAGAAGAACAUGCUGAGGAAGUAGAACAUGUUGAAGAAGAAGAACCUGUUGAGGAAGUAAAAGAAGAAGAACAGGUUGAGGAAGUAAAAGAAGAAGAACAUGUUGAAGAAGAAGAACAUGUUGAAGAAGAAGAACAUGCUGAGGAAGUAGAACAUGUUGAAGAAGAAGAACCUGUUGAGGAAGAACAUAUUGAAGAAGAACAGGUUGAAGAAGAAGAACAUGUCGAAGAAGUAAAAGAAGAAGAACAUGUUGAAGAAGAAGAACAUGCUGAGGAAGUAGAACAUGUUGAAGAAGAAGAACAUGUUGAAGAAGAAGAACAUGUUGAGGAAGUAAAAGAAGAAGAACAGGUUGAGGAAGUAAAAGAAAUAGAACAGGUUGAAGAAGAACAUAUUGAGGAAGUAAAAGAAGAAGAACCUGUUGAGGAAGUAAAAGAAGAAGAACAUGUUGAAGAAGAAGAACAUGCUGAGGAAGUAGAACAUGCUGAGGAAGUAGAACAUGUUGAAGAAGAACAUGUUGAAGAAGAAGAACAUGCUGAGGAAGUAGAACAUGCUGAGGAAGUAGAACAUGUUGAAGAAGAAGAACAGGUUGAAGAAGUAGAACAACCUGAAGAAGAGGAACAUGUUGAGGAAGAAGAACAUGUUGAAGAAGAAGAACCUGAAGAAAUUGAACAUGUUGAAGAAGAACAUGUUGAAGAAGAAGAACAUGUUGAGGAAGAAGAACAUGUUGAGGAAGAAGAACAUGUUGAAGAAGAAGAACAUGCCGAAGAAGAAGAACAUGUCGAAGAAGAAGAACAUGUUGAAGAAGAGGAACAUGUUGAGGAAGAACAACCUGAAGAAAUUGAACAUGUUGAAGAAGAAGAGGUUGAAGAAGUAGAACAACCUGAAGAAGAAGAACAUAUUGAGGAAGAACAUGUUGAGGAAGAACAUGUUGAAGAAGAACAUGUUGAAGAAGAAGAACAUGUUGAAGAAGAACAUGUUGAAGAAGAAGAACAUGUUGAGGAAGAAGAACAUGUUGAAGAAGAAUAUGUUGAGGAAGAACAACCUGAAGAAAUUGAACAUGUUGAAGAAGAAGAGGUUGAAGAAGUAGAACAACCUGAAGAAGAAGAACAUAUUGAGGAAGAACAUGUUGAGGAAGAACAUGUUGAAGAAGAAGAACAUGUUGAAGAAGAAGAACAGGUUGAGGAAGAAGAACAUGUUGAGGAAGAAGAACAUGUUGAGGAAGAACAACCUGAAGAAAUUGAACAUGUCGAAGAAGAAGAGGUUGAAGAAGUAGAACAACCUGAAGAAGAAGAACAUAUUGAGGAAGAACAUGUUGAAGAAGAACAUGUUGAAGAAGAAGAACAUGUUGAAGAAGAACAUGUUGAAGAAGAAGAACAUGUUGAAGAAGAACAUGUUGAAGAAGAAGAACAUGUUGAAGAAGAAGAACAUGUCGAAGAAGAAGAACAUGUCGAAGAAGAAGAGGUUGAAGAAGUAGAACAACCUGAAGAAGAAGAACAUAUUGAGGAAGAACAACCUGAAGAAAUUGAACAUGUCGAAGAAGAACAGGUUGAAGAAGAAGAACAUGUUGAAGAAGAACAGGUUGAAGAAGAAGAACAUGUUGAAGAAGAACAUGUUGAAGAAGAACAUGUUGAAGAAGAACAUGUUGAAGAAGAAGAACAUGUUGAGGAAGAAGAACAUGUUGAGGAAGAAGAACAUGUUGAGGAAGAAGAACAUGUUGAGGAAGAAGAACAUGUUGAAGAAGAACAUGUUGAAGAAGAAGAACAUGUCGAAGAAGAAGAGGUUGAAGAAGUAGAACAACCUGAAGAAGAAGAACAUAUUGAAGAAGAACAACCUGAAGAAAUUGAACAUGUUGAAGAAGAACAGGUUGAAGAAGAAGAACAUGUUGAAGAAGAAGAACAUGUCGAAGAAGAAGAACAGGUUGAAGAAGAAGAACAGGUUGAAGAAGAAGAACAUGUUGAAGAAGAAGAACAUGUUGAAGAAGAAGAACAGGUUGAAGAAGAAGAACAGGUUGAAGAAGUAGAACAACCUGAAGAAAUUGAACAUGUUGAAGAAGAAGAACAGGUUGAAGAAGAAGAACAUGUUGAAGAAGAACAUGUUGAAGAAGAAGAACAUGUUGAGGAAGAAGAACAUGUUGAGGAAGAAGAACAUGUUGAGGAAGAAGAACAGGUUGAAGAAGAACAUGUUGAAGAAGAAGAACAUAUUGAGGAAGAACAACCUGAAGAAAUUGAACAUGUUGAAGAAGAACAACCUGAAGAAAUUGAACAUGUUGAGGAAGAAGAACAUGUUGAAGAAGAACAUGUUGAAGAAGAAGAACAUGUCGAAGAAGAACAACCUGAAGAAAUUGAACAUGUUGAGGAAGAAGAACAUGUUGAAGAAGAACAUGUUGAAGAAGAAGAACAUGUCGAAGAAGAAGAGGUUGAAGAAGUAGAACAACCUGAAGAAGAAGAACAUAUUGAGGAAGAACAACCUGAAGAAAUUGAACAUGUUGAAGAAGAACAGGUUGAAGAAGAAGAACAUGUUGAAGAAGAAGAACAUGUUGAAGAAGAAGAACAUGUUGAAGAAGAAGAACAUGUUGAAGAAGAAGAACAUGUUGAAGAAGAAGAACAUGUUGAAGAAGAAGAACAUGUUGAAGAAGAAGAACAUGUCGAAGAAGAAGAACAUGUUGAAGAAGAAGAACAUGCCGAAGAAGAAGAACAUGUUGAAGAAGAGGAACAUGUUGAGGAAGAACAACCUGAAGAAAUUGAACAUGUUGAAGAAGAAGAACAGGUUGAAGAAGAGGAACAUGUUGAGGAAGAAGAACAUAUUGAAGAAGAACAACCUGAAGAAAUUGAACAUGUUGAAGAAGAAGAACAUGUUGAGGAAGUAGAGCAUGUUGAAGAAGAAGAACAGGUUGAAGAAGUAGAACAACCUGAAGAAGAAGAACAACCUGAAGAAAUUGAACAUGUUGAAGAAGAAGAGGUUGAAGAAGUAGAACAACCUGAAGAAGAAGAACAUAUUGAGGAAGAACAUGUUGAGGAAGAACAUGUUGAAGAAGAAGAACAUGUUGAAGAAGAACAACCUGAAGAAAUUGAACAUGUUGAGGAAGAAGAACAGGUUGAAGAAGAACAUGUUGAGGAAGAAGAACAUAUUGAGGAAGAACAACCUGAAGAAAUUGAACAUGUUGAAGAAGAAGAACAGGUUGAAGAAGAAGAACAUGUUGAAGAAGAACAUGUUGAAGAAGAAGAACAUGUUGAGGAAGAAGAACAUGUUGAGGAAGAAGAACAUGUUGAGGAAGAAGAACAGGUUGAAGAAGAACAUGUUGAAGAAGAAGAACAUAUUGAGGAAGAACAACCUGAAGAAAUUGAACAUGUUGAGGAAGAAGAACAGGUUGAAGAAGAACAUGUUGAAGAAGAAGAACAUGUUGAAGAAGAAGAACAUGUCGAAGAAGAAGAACAUGUUGAAGAAGAAGAACAUGUCGAAGAAGAAGAGGUUGAAGAAGUAGAACAACCUGAAGAAGAAGAACAUAUUGAGGAAGAACAUGUUGAGGAAGAACAUGUUGAAGAAGAACAGGUUGAAGAAGAAGAACAUGUUGAAGAAGAAGAACAUGUUGAAGAAGAAGAACAUGUUGAAGAAGAAGAACAUGUUGAAGAAGAACAUGUCGAAGAAGAACAGGUUGAAGAAGAAAUACCUGUUGAGGAAGAAAAGGUUGAAGAAGAACAGGUUGAAGAAGAAAUACCUGUUGAGGAAGAAAAGGUUGAAGAAGAAAUACCUGUUGAGGAAGAAAAGGUUGAAGAAGAAAUACCGUCUGAGGAAGAAAAACGGGUAGCAUUUAUAGGAGAAAAAAUAGAUAAUUUAUAUGAAGUAUUGUCUCUUUUGGGUAUUGACGCAUCUACAAUUACGAAAGAAGGAGCUCUUAGUGAUGAUGAAUUAACAAAAAUUAUUGAAGAACAACAAAAUAGACUUAGUAAAGAAUUUAAUUUAAAAUUCGGUCCAAAAACUAAACACCUAGUAAAAGAUGAUAAGCAAGAGGUAGAUUUACCAUUUUUGAAUAUCAGUGAAUUAAAGAAAUCAGUAAAAGAUUUCUUAAAAGAUACACAGGAUAUUUCUAAAGAAUCUGCACAAGAGUAUGAUAUUCGUUCAUUUAUAUAUGCUCGUAAGUUCUUGAAAUAUGUUUCAGGUUAUGAUAUUCAAAGAAUAAGAGAGCAUCCAAUAUAUGGAUAUCCUCAGAAAUUAAAAAGAUAUGCUAUAGAACAUGGAUACCGAGAUAUGUUCAUUAAUUAUAGAACAUUGGCUUUUAAUAAAUUAAAAGAAUUUUCAAUCUUUGCAGCAAAGAAAUUAAAAAGUGGUGUUAUAUCACUGUAUGGUCAAUUUAAAACUACACAAGUAUUUGAAUAUAUAAAUAAACACAUACAAAAAAUGAUAGAACUUAGAGACAAAGCUAUACCUUAUCUAAACAGUGCAGGAUUAACUAAAGAGAACUUUAGAAAGGCCUGGGAAAUAACGAAGAAAGUUUCAAUUAAAAUAAAAGAAUUCACUAUUAAAGCAUUAACACCUGUGUUUGAAGCUAUGAAAAAAGGAGCUGAACACUAUGGAGUUGACCAAUAUAUAAAGGAACUUGUUGAUUACGUAAAAGAAGAUUUAUAUUUUAGUAUAGGAUUAUACUCUGGAUUAGGUGGAUUUGGAUAUUUACUUUUUAAUUCGAUGUAUGCUGCUUUAUUAUCAUCAACAAUUAUAAUUUUGUUGAUUCCAUACAUGCUUGAAAGUAUACCAGUAGAAAUGUAA